AUGAAAAAUGAUGCACGUAUAGACCAACUACCGCUUGAGCUGUGGAUACAGAUUACAACGCAAUUGGAUUGUAAAUCUAUUACAAAUUUGAUACUUUGUAAUAGAACUUUAGGGCAGAAACUGAGAAAUAACCAAAUAUGGAAACAGAAGGCUCACUAUAAUUGGCUGUAUCAUCAAGAAAUCGAUCCUUUAAUAACAUACAAGUGCAUUGAUCAAGAGUAUACAUCUGUGAAUACUCAGAAUUUUUGGUAUUCUUACUGUCAGAAUAGAAAAAAAUUAGAUAAUAAAUCACUUGAACAAAUUAAAUGGAUCGUAGUUCAAACGGAUGAUAAGCUUUACCUACAGGAAUACCUCAACUUUAUUGACCAACCCGAUGUUAUUGAGAGCAUCCCUUUUUUAAGCAAAAUUGGAUCAAUGACAUUUCUUGAAGCAUUAGAGGAAGGAAUUGAUUUUGAUGUAAAAACUCAUGCCAGUUAUUUUCUUAGCAGCUUGAGACACCGGUUAACUUUCCAACUGAUGCAAGAAGUAAUAAGCAGGUACCCCCGCUUUUUUGAUCAUCAGGAUACAGAGCUUUUUUUCUUGAGGUGGUCUACAAGAGAUCCAGAUUUUGAUUUAUUACUGCCGUAUAGAGACAGAUUUUAUAAGGAAAUUCAUAAAUUGAUAAAGUCUCGGUAUGGUAUCGAAAACUUUUCAGAAUUACCUCCAUCAGAAAAAGUUAACAAGAUAACAAUGUUAGUUAUGGGAUUAAUCAUGGAUGAUCUACCGUAUGGGUCCAAUUCCACUGGGAGUACUAUGGAAGACUUAUUGAUCUCAAGAGUGUAUGCCCAAGAGCAACGCAUACCACACCGAUUAAUAACGUAUUCAAUUAUUCAAAAAGUUGCUAGCUUCUAUGGUGUUGAGACAAUAUUAUCUACCCUUUUUCUAAAUAUUUAUGAUCCUCGUUUUCAAGCAGGUCAAUCAUAUUUAUAUAUUGAUGGUAGAGAAUAUUGGAUCCGGGGAAAAGACCCAGUACUACAAUUUCUGAAUAAUGCUUCGGGGUACUUAGAACCAUUAUCACAGAAUGAAAUAUAUGAUAUAUUAGAGGGUGCUGUCCUUGACUCCAUACCGACCUCUCGAUAUGAAUUUGGAAUUAACUACAACUGUAUACACAGUUCUGCCUCCAUUUCGUCUACAGAUAAAUUUUAUUUCCGUUCAAUUUUUGAUGCGUUUUCUCUAAUAGAAAUUACAAAUUCAGAGGAACAGUAUGAUCAUAUUUUGGACGACAUAUUUAUGUUAGCGAUGAAGAUCUUCCCUGGUGAUAUUGUAACGAUAGGGAUGUGGAGCAUGAAUUUUGGUAGAAGAAUGUAUCUGGAACGUUUUAAUCUUGAAGAAUUUUUGAGGCAAAGACAAUUCUUUUGGAUGGACUCUUUGGCCAAUUAUCAACAUCUGGGCAAAUUUGUCGAAUCUGAUCAAGAGGUGAACGUUGUAUUGAAUUCGACAAACUCGGUGCCCCCUAAUCAGGGGUUUGAGAGUUGUGUCACUUUGGAUAGAGAGGGACAAAUUAAAGUAUCUUAUCACAGGUUGUCCCGUUUUGUAAAAUCUAGGCAGGAUAUUGAUGAAUAUCUUGAUUCUAUUCCGACUGCUGAACUUGGGUGGUUAUUUUCAAAGGUUGAUUAUUCCACUGGUCGUCUGGUCCCAAAUAAAAGAUUUGAAAAUCUGCUAGACCGUUACGAUAAGUGA